AUGUUAUUGAAGUUGCUCGUACUUUUGUCAUUUGCUAAUCUUGCUCACGCCAUCGGUCACACUCAAUCGACAUCCGUCGAGGGUGUACUGAUGUGUGAAGACAAGCCGGCACAGAGUGUUUUAGUGAAGCUCUAUGAGCAUGACACUGUAACACCAGACGAAUUCAUGGAUUCGGCUGAGACUGACAAUCAAGGAAAAUUCAAAGUGAGCGGACAUGCUGACGAGGUAACGACAAUCGAGCCGAAAAUUAAUAUCUACCACGAUUGUGACGACGGCAUUAAGGUAAGCUGGUGCUUCAUACCUCCAUUCUUAUGA